CGCUUUCGGUUUCGAUUCCUCCAUUGCCGGGCCGGGCGGAGCCGCGGAGCCCCGUCCUCCGUCUCAAUCUCGUCCCACCCAGUCCCGCCGCGACCAGCCGAGGCGGAGGGGGCACGAUGGCGGACCCGGCGGUGUGCUGCUUCAUCACCAAGACCUUGUGCUCCCAGGGCGGGCGGCUGGGGCUGCCGGAACUCCGGCAGCUCGUCGGCCUCUCGGCGCAGCAGCUGGAGGAGACGCUGUCGACGGCGGGUCCCCAGCGGUUCCUGGUGGUGCAGCGCGACGGUGGCGGCCGGGAGGUCCUGGCCGUGUCGGCCCUGCAGGUGUGCGUCCGCAGGGAGUGCGGGGGCUGCGAGCGGCUGCAUCUCUGCAAGCUCCAGCUCAUGGGCAAGUGCCACUUGGGGCCCAGAUGUAAGUACUCGCAUGACAUUGUCAAUGGUGAGAACAAAAAGGUUCUAAAGACCCAUGGGUUGGCUGGCCUCGAUGAGAAUGAGCUGCGAGUUCUGCUUCUCCAAAAUGACCCUUUCCUCCUCCCUGAUGUCUGCCAGUUUUACAACAGAAAGAGUGAUACCUGCAACCAGCAAAAAAACUGCAACAAUCUUCAUGUUUGUCGACACUUUCUCCGUGGUGAAUGUAGAUUUUUUCCAUGUAAGAGGUCCCAUAACCUCUCAGACACCCAUACAUUGACAGUGUUGAAAGCUGGAGGCAUUGGUGCGGACAUAGCUUCAAACAUCCAGACUAUAUGUGAUCACAAGCACAUGGAAUUCAACAAGGAACUGGAGAAGGGGAGAAAGAAAAAAGAAAAUCCCACUGCUAAAGCUCCGAAGGACAACGAAGAAAAUAAGUGUGAUGAGAUAUGUGUGUUCUAUGUCUCAAGGUACUGCAAAAAUAAAGAUAGAUGCAGACAGAUUCAUUACCAUCUGCCAUAUCGAUGGCAGGUAUAUAAUGGGAUCAACUGGAAUGACCUUUCCAUGAUGGAGGAAGUUGAAAAGGCCUAUUGUGACCCAAAAAACAUCUGCAUACUAGAUAAGAACAUUGAUUUCCAGACAAUGACCUGCGGUUCUUCUAAGCUGCGACGCCUCUCUACCGUGUCAUCAGUCGUAAAACCCACAUAUGUAUUGACCACACAGUGGAUUUGGUACUGGAAGAAUGACCAAGGCAGGUGGAUUGAAUACGGAGAACAGGGAGAAGGGAGUAGCGUGAACUCACCAUCUUCUGCUGUUAUAGAGAAUUUGUAUCUAUCUGAUCCAAAUGCCACCAUAUCUUUCCAGGCUGGCUUGCAUCAUUAUGAGCUCAAUUUUAAAGAAAUGAUCCAGACGAACAUCUCUUUUAAAACUAAAAGGCGAGUCUGCAGGCGACCAAAGUUUGUGUCUUCUGAAGAUGUGGAGAAGAUAAAGAAAGGCCCAAGGGAGUCUUCUAUUCAAAGUCAAGCCUAUCCUAGCCACUGGGAUACAUCUGCACUGCCUGACGUGGGAUACAAGGCAGUGGAGAUUGGCAAAACAACCUCUGAAUACCACAAAAUAAAGCAGAUGUUUCAGCAGACCAUGGGAAGAUACAGCGUCAUCAACAUACAGAGGAUUCAGAAUCCAUCCCUCUGGAAGGUGUUCCAGUGGCAAAAGGAGCAGAUGAAAAGGGAGAACGGAGGGAAGGAAGUAGAUGAAAAGCUCCUUUUCCACGGAACCAAGAGCUCCCACAUGGAUGCCAUCUGCUUUCACAACUUUGACUGGAGAAUUUGUGGAACCAAUGGAACUAACUAUGGAAAGGGAAGUUACUUUGCUAGAGAUGCUUCCUACUCACACGCGUACUGUCCGCCUGGCUUGAAGACAAACAUCAUGUUCGUGGCUCGUGUGUUGGUUGGAGAUUUUGUUAAAGGCCACGCAACCUACGUUCGUCCCCCGGCAAAGUCGAGCAACGGGCUUCGGUUUUAUGACAGCUGUGUGGACAAUGAGUUUAAUCCCUCCAUUUUCGUUGUCUUUGAAAAAUACCAGAUUUACCCAGAGUAUUUAAUAGAGUAUAAGGAGGAACAAAAACAAUGUCUUGUGUCUUAGAAGAAACAGAGCUGUUUGUAUCACUCAUCUUCUGUAUUGUGAGUGUUCUCACACUUCAUGACUUCCUUCUUUUUAAAACAAUCCCUUGGAAUAUUAAUCCAAAUAAUUUCUCUAUUGAGGAGGGCUGGAAACACAAAUGUGACAUUCGUUCAUACUAAUUGCCUUGUUUUCUCCUCUUCCUCUCUUCAAUGAAGCAUAGACACUUGGAUAACCAUAGUAGAAAAAUCAGAAUCGUGGGAUGGGAAAUUGAAUGUUGUGAUUUCUGUGGGCAAAUAAUUGUAAAUGCAUUUUCUUAGGAAUAGAGUAUAGACGUUUUACCUUUGCAAACAGUUAAGAGGAAAAUUAGCAGUACCGUAGCUUUUAAGCAAACUCUCGGAUUUUUAGUAGUCAAGUAAUCUUUUCAGUGUAGAAUAUGGCUGUCCUUGAUCCUCUUGUCUAUCACAAUUUGAAACUAGUCAGUGUACGUAAGAAUGAUUUCGUUUUCAAAGUCCUGUUUGUUAAUGCUGAUACUGGUUUCAAGUUUAAAAUGGUAAAACCAAAAUAAAAAUUACAAGCUUAUGAUAAAUCCAUGUCAUAAGUUCUCAAGUGGAGAAGUUUCAGCUGUAACACAGCGGCUGCUGUUGUGAUCAGAAAAUUGUUGGAUCAGAUUCUUUUUGCAGAUCUGCGGUAAUGUGCUCUGUGACCUACGCAAAAAUAGAGCUCAAGCGGAACUGUGGAAGUCGCAGCUUAUGAAUAAGCAGGUAGUAAAAUUUGGGGGGUUGCCUGCAACUAAUGGCCAUAAGUAUAUAAAGGCUGUGUCACAAUGAGCCAGGCUUUCAAGUGAACGCGGCCACGUGUUUUCGCAAUGGGAACAUUUGCUUCGCAAAUGCUGUAGGACAGGAGAAACAUCAGAAGCGUUGAUAUUUUCUGUCCUAUUUGUGUACGUCAGUUUUUGUAUUUGCAGAAAUAUGACAUGACUGGAAGAGGCCAGUUUGUUCUUUCGAGGCCAGUAGUAGAACUGCUGUCCUAAGACGUUUCGUAUACGUGUUUUGUUGCCCACAUUUCGUUGGGCAACUCUCUGAGAACUCACUGACAAGUGUAGUUCCUCUUUGUGUUUAUAGGUCGCUGUGGCUGAUCCUGGAUACCGCUGCCCUGGGUCUGCUUUUCGAUACGCUUGCUUUGUCUUUGUCAGUGAUGGACAACUCUACUAAUGGUGGUUAAUCCCAUUUUAUUAAGUUACAUGCUUUUUAUUGUCCCAAAAAGAAAAUAUAGCAACUCCAUGAGAGUUUUUAGUGAAUUUUAAUACCGAGUUUGUUUGUUAGUCGAGCUGAAGACCUUCCGUACAGAGACAUCUUAUUUGGGCAGUCUCCUGUUAAGAGGGAAACUGUUGCUGAGGUCCAAGGAGCAGUAAUUUUUGCUUUCAGAUAAGAUAUAUAGUAAUACAAACAGCAAACCGGUUGUUCGCAUCUUCGAUACAAAUCUGUCAACCACAUGUAUUACUCAAAGUUUGCAAGUUACCAAGAGGAAGGGGAAAUAUAUAAAACGAGGAAAACUAAAAUUACUGUCUUAGAACUAAAUGAAAAUGUACAUCACUAAUGCCUUAAACGGGAAGAUUUGACCACUUUUUCAGAUCUCUCUCACUUGCGUUUGCCUGUAGAGUUCCUGAAUCAUUGAGUUUUGCUGUAGUUGCAAAUAAACUGGGUUUUCACUCA